CGUUUCCGGCCUGCACUCGUACGGUGUCUGGACAAGCGGGUCUUGUUGUCCCUGCUGGCUGGCCUGCUGUCCUCGACCACCACUCCCACGCCACGCAUGGUCGCCGCUCCCUACGUACAGUCUUCGUCUUAACCAGUGACUCUCCUGACGCCUCCUCCUCAGUACUCCUCAACAGGCACUGUGUCAUCCUCGCCUCCUUUGACGGUAAACUUUCCCAGUGUGUGUGUCAUCGCUAGCUGCAAGCCUUGGUGAACCACUGUCAUGAUGUAUAAUUAUGGCUAACUUAAACGAGAACCUUGUAGAAAGUCUAAAGACUUUAUAAUUUCGAGACGAGACAUUGUGCUCGUCCAGUACAGUCAAUUAAGGACCAGUGUCAGAUUUCAGGAAAUCAAUGACCCACUUCAUGUCGCCAACGACUGCUAGAUGAGUCAUAUUGACGAAAAAAAUGUGAGGCUAUUGCGAAAGUGUGUCGGGGGUGGGUGAGUGAGCCACGUGUUGUACUCUUGUUGUGGGUGUAGCGACGACAACAACGUGUUACCCAAGGUGUUGCAAGUUAUGGAGGAAACAGCGCGCAGCAGCGCGCGGCCAGCUGCUGUACGAGGCUGGCCCGUUGGAUUAGGAUUUCUGCUACGUCCUGCCACUGCAGGAGGCGGCGGUGGUGGUGGUGGUGCCGCUUGCGACAGUGACUCGUGCGAACUACAAAUUCCUUGCCAUACUGCACUACAACUGGCUGCCCAUGGGGACGACAACCACACAGCCCGCCACAUAAGCCCACAGCACAAGGGCUCCAGCCACCAGGACCUACGAACCUUCGCCACAACGGCGCGACGACCUCUUGUCAUCUUCAAACUUCAAGUGUCGUGCACUAGGUCUAGCUGCCUUGACAUAUGAACAUACAUGGACGACCUGGUUGUUGAGAAGCUCGGCAAGGCUGUCAAUGGUGGAGAGAAUGGGACGAGUGGUGCCCCAUCACAGACGGACCUGCUCAAGCUGCUGGCAAGUGGCAGUGCUGGGGGUCUUGGGGGGUGCCAUGGGGGUCUGGGGGGCUUGGGGAGUCUAGCAGCUGCUGCUCAGGCUAGACAGAAUGGCAGCAUGAUUCGAUCUUAUGAGGCACUGCUACAGGGUCCAUCUGCUGGACGGUUGGCUCCUCAAGCAGUUGCACUUCCGGGGCCUACACGUAGACGUAAGAAGAAGAGGCGUAGGCAACCAGACAUGCCCAAGAAAGCUUGUACUCCAUUCAUGCAUUUUUGUGCAUAUUUUAAACGAAAACUAAUGGAAGAAGGAAAGGAGUUCCCACAGUUUGCAGACUUUGGCAAAAGAGCAGGGGAAUUGUGGCGAAACAUGGGCGAUGUUGAGAAGCAAAAAUUUGUUGAGCUUUCCGAGCAGGAUCGCCAGAGAUAUAUUAAAGAUAUGAAAGAAUACGAGGAGCGAAAGUUAGCAGAGAAAGAACGAGAAAGGGAGCUUCAACAACAAAGAGAGAAAGAAUUGCAGGUUCUCAGGGAGAAAGAGUUGGAGAAAUUACAAAAACAGCAGCGAGAGCAGAUGGAGCAUCAGCAAAAGCAAAUUGAACACCACCAAAAGCAUCAACAACAAAAUCAGAGUGCUGGUAUGCUGAACUUGUUAAAUCAAUUAAACCCACUGAAUCCCUUGAUGAUUGCUGCCAUGAAUCAGACUCUAAUGCAGACAAUGUUGACCAACCCUGACCUGAUGAAAUCUAUGUAUUCAGAGGCAGCUCGGAGCUACUAUGUAGAAACAAUGAAGAACAUUUACCAGAGUGCGAGUUCACAAGCCAAUGGUAACAAUGUGCCUGUUAGCAGCAGUGGGGGCCAUGCUAGUUUAAGUGAUCACCAGAGCCACUUAUCAUCAAGCCCUUUGAGUUCUCUGGGCAUGAAUAUCAAUCUGCUGUCCCUGUUGAAUUCUGGUCAACUAUCAGCUGUACCCACCUCUACAGCAUCGUCUACUGCUAGCUCCCCCUUAUCCAAGACCCCCUCAGCCCUCAAGGCAUCCCCCUCAUCUCUCCUAGGCAGCUCCAACAGCCUGGCCGCAGCUGCUCUGGACCUCUCUGCAGCAAGGCCAAGUGAGGGCAAGGGUGCCUGUAGUAGCGAUGAAGAAAACUUCUAGAUACAUAAAAGGCUGUGUAGUAGAUUUCACAAAGAGGCAACCAAAGAAGCCGAUUGUGAAAUCUGAGACACAAAAACCCAAAGUAGCAAAAGUUCCUAUCUCCAGUCAUUAACUUCCCAAAUAUCAUUCAAGCUGCACUUCGUAAAACACAAGUAAACACAAGAACCAAGAGACCUAUACUUUGCCUAUAUGAGUGUAGUUUGUAAUGUGCAAAUCUUAGAGUGAGUUAGCUUCUGUAGAACAUCUGUGUUGUUCAGUAUACUAAAAAAAAAUCAAGUACAAUUGCCUUUGGAAAAAGCCAAGUGAAGUAUUAUGCAUGCAAAUAAUUUUUAAUGUUAUGAUAAAACUCACAAAUGAGUAACUAAUGUGAAUAUGAACUUUUGAUGUGAAGAGGCCUGGCUGUGAUGGUGAUGCUUUGACCUCAUUCAGAUUUGAGAAAAACUCCAACAAGCCCAGGAGGCCUGCAAUAUAGAUUGUUUGUUUAUUGUAGAAAUAGAAAGCUAAAGUGAAGUGUUUGAGCUAUCAGCUGUGUAAGGGUGUUGUAGUCCCAACAAGAGCAAGAAUGGAUGAAGUUGUACCAGGUCUCAAUCUGCGAGAGUUCAUUAGCCAACAUGGUGACUGUACUAUUUACUACCAGUUGCUGACCCUAAGAGGGAGUGUGUAUGCCUGGGUGGGGAAACAGCAGGGCAACUUAGGAGGGUUAGUGGCAGCUUUAGGGUCACGUGUCGGCCCACCUGCUGUCUCCACUCUCUUGGGCCCAUCUGGUGCAGGAAGUCAUCAAGCCUCGCAAUUAGCAGAAAGAUUACAGAAACGUGUACAGAAACCUGUGUUACUGAGUAUGAAUCUGCCCAGUGAUGACCUGAUACCCCAUGUGGAGCAGCGCCUGCUUGAGGAGCUCUGUGUUGCAUAAAGGCCAUGGCUAAUACCUUUUUCUUUAUCAUUAAUAUUAGCCUAAAUUGUCAAAUUAUUUUUAGAAAGGUGGAACUCUUCAAAGCAUAUUUCAAGAGUUCAUGACAAAUAUAUAUUUCUGAUCUUAUAUAAAUGUCAUGUUGCUGUGAAGCCCUACUUACUGUUUAGUCAUUAGGAUAUUGAAAUACUGUAGUGUGAUAAUGCACAGUAAUAUUCCAUAUGUAACUACUGUACAGAGUUAUUCAUCUACAUCUAGAAGUAUAUUUUUUGAUAGGAUAUAACUAUUCUACAGUCUAUCCCAUUCUUGAAUUUAAUUGCCUUACUAGAUGUCGGAAAAAAAAUAUUAUUUUUUGGCACUGAUAGAGAAAAUGGCUGUCAGUCUUGGCCUGGAUGUACGCAGAGUGUUGGUAACGGUAAUGUUAUGAUUAGUGGACCAUAAGAGAGUAAACAUCAUGGUAUGACAGUAUGUGUGCAAUGGUAUCAAGAAGAGCAGAAUUCUGCAGUAACUUAUGAAAAAUGAUAGAUAAGCCAAUGCUGUGACACUGUUUUACCAAUGGAUUGACCUUGUAUGCACUGGCUAGCCUCUUUUUUUUUCUUUUUUUUUUUACGUUCAGUACACAAAACAUUCAGCAGUAUUUUGCGAUGAGACUGCUCUCUCUUGAAUGAGAAAGUUUCGCAGCACUGCCUUCACUGCGUACAGCUUUCUAAUUUCUUCUGCUUAGCUGAAGAAAUCUAUUUGACUGCACAACUCUUAAAGUCCACAAAUUUUAGUGGUGCAUACAAGUGAUAAUUGAAGGUAUGAUAUUCAUAUGUACUAUAUCAGGGUAGAUAUUAAGUUCCUUUUUAUUUUACAGAAGCUUUUUUGUACUCUCCUUUAUAGAGGUAUUUUUUAUUUUUAGAAAUUCUGUAUAUUUGUCCUAUGCAAUAGGUGGUAUUGAACCAAGUCUCUUUGCUUCCCAAUUUGUAGUUACUACCUCACAGGUGAUAGAAUAAUGAAAAGACAUUCCCUGUAGCCCGUGACUCAUUAGGCAGCUCAGGAAACACAAGGGAGGCUGCUGGGGAGCAUUAUAUGAGCAUUGAUCACUUAUUGCACUUGAUUACUUCAAUUGUAUACAAUAUUGUUAUUAAUAAACAUGUGGACAAGUGCAUGCACACACAUUCACACACAUACGCACACACAUACAUUCACACACACACACAUUCACACACACACGCACACACAUUCUCACAUGCACACAUUCACGCACACAUACACACACUACAUACUGUAUAAAUAUUCAGUCCAUGAUAGUAUCAUAGGUAGUACAAGCUUGUUAACUCUCGGGAGAUUUUCCAAGCUUUUGUCUAUAUUUUGAGACAUUUUCUACAAAAAUAUCAUGAAAUGUAGACUAAAGCUUGGAAUAAUUCUUUUGUGAGUUUACAAGCUAAUUUCUUUAUAUAAUUAAUUGUGUAUAUAUAUUGUCACUGUAAAAUCUCUAGGAAGAGAUUUGGCCUGCUCCAUCAUCACCUAUUAUAUCAUACCACGUCUAUAUAUUAAAGUACUUCAGCCAUAAGAACAACAACUACUACUACUACUUCCAGACGUCUAGACAGUACCUCCAGUCUCCCCCCUUCACUACCACCCGUCACCUCACCUGGGAGCUCACGCCACCGGCCGAAACAAGCAAUUAACAUGCCGGUUCAUAGUUUAAGAAACCACCAGCUUCUUCUGAAUAACUUCUGGGGUAUGUCAACAGGUCUACUCAGUAGAGCACUCAGGAGUAAUCUGAAUCUUGGUGGGCUAGGUAGCCCUAUGUACAUACGGCGACAGUCAUCCAGGUAGCGCUGGUUCCUUCUUUAACUAUUAACCGGCUCUUGAACUGCUUGUUUCGGAUGGUGUGAGCUCCCAGCGACCCAGGUGCGAGGUGGGGUGAUGGGCAGUGGUGUAUGGGGGAGACUGGAGGUACUGUCUAGACGUCUUGAAGUAGUUGUUGUUGUUCUUGUGGCUGCAGUACUUGAAUAUAUAGACGUGAUAUGGGUAGAGUAGGUGAUGAUGGAGCAGGCCGAAUCUCUUCCUAGAGAGUUUACCGUGAUAUAUAUCAAUAUAUAUUGAUAUAUAUCAAUAUAUAUAUAUAUAUAUGUAAUAUAUAUAUAUAUAUAUAUAUAUAUAUAUAUAUAUAUAUAAUAUAUAUAAAACAAUUAUUUAAAUAUAUAACAGAAAGUUCAUGCUAUGAAUCACAUGAUUUGAAGCUAGAAAGAAAAUGCAUUUUAUAUUUUAUUUUGAGAAUAUGAAGCAGUGUUGCAAAGAAUAAGAUUUUUGUUUAUGAAAUAGGUAUUACCUCCUCAGCAGCUCCCUCCAUCCUUAAUUCACCCCAAUUUCAGAAAUCCCCCGCCAUAUGUGAACCCCCUGUGCCACCUCGCAGCUUUGGACGGACAGUGCUGGUGUGGUCGUGUUUUGGAGGUUGCAGCAUGAUUAGUUUCCUGCUUACUAUGAUACAGUAAAUUUUGCUCUUAGAUGAUAUGGAAUAUAAUUUGGCAAGUUUUUUAAAGUUUUAAAAUUUGUCCUAUUUAUUUUUUGAUACAUUUUCUUGAGGAAAUCAUUCUGCAGCCAAUAUCUGUGCCAUGAUUAGGUCAAUUGGGUGACCUUGAAGUGUGAUAAUGAAUGUUGAUGUGCCUGGGGACCAAUCAUAACAAAGGUCAUGUAUCUUUCUUUUGAAGGAAUAUCAGUAUUAUCAAUAGUUUGUGAUAACAAGCUACCCCCCUCUAAAGGAGUCUCUUGUUCCAUGGUCUGGCUAUGAUAGGUCUCCACCCCCAGCACUGACUGUCACUUAAUGGUGUCUUCAAGUGUACUGAGAGUGUAAAAAUUUCAUUAUUAUUAUUAUUAACAUAGAGAUGAAAAAGCUUUUGGUAACAUGGUGUUUUAUACACUUAAGACACUCUCCCCAUGCUUCAUGUUGUAGUCCUGAUGAUGCCUCAGGGUAGAGGGUUCGCUCCCCGGUUUUGUGGGUCCUAUGUUGAGGCCUCCUAAGGCCCUCGCGCAUGUGAUAGAUUAGUCUAGUUUCACGAUUUGUAUAACUUUGUUAUUUUUACAGGAUGGAUAUAUACUAACGCUAUAUACUUUGCUUGCAAAGUGGCCACACCCAUCCACAUCAAGAAGAUGUAGUAGAGGUUGUAGCAUUUAUGACAAUCACUUAUUUUGUUCUUGUUUCUUAGGUUUUUUCCCAGUCAAAGGAAUUUUUAGUGAUUACUGUAGUAUGAUAGGGGAAAUCUUCCACCUUUUGAUUGCUAGUAAACAUGCGAGGUGCUUUUGGGAGGUCCAAGCAGUGAAGUACUGCUGUGAUGUCGUGAUAGUGUCAAAUGCUAGUCUGACGGCGGGGAGCGCAGCCUCCGUCCCAAACCCACCCUUCUACCUCCUUACCCCGUGUUAAACUCUCAUCAGUCACUCCUGCCUGCCACCACACUUGACUAUGUUGUAAAGGGCUAAAGAAUUUUUAAUAUUUUUUUUGUGAUGUCAGCAGGUGUGAGUGGCAGUGCAGUGGGCACUCUGGUUCUGUGUUUCAGAGUAAUUACACUAAAAUGUCUUUUAUUCUGCACAUAGAAACAGAUUCCAAACAAUUCCUACCAGAGCCCAGUCUUGAGAAAGACUGGUGCAGCCAUGUCGCAACCCAAGUUCCUCGCCUAAACAGGUUCCUCUCCCCCUCUAGCACAUCCCGCCCCUUGAGCUCCAGCCGUAUUUUAUUUUGCAGUCCUUAUCCCCAACCUCUUGUAUGAUAAGCAGAAUGCCAGACUCCAGUCACAGACUGAAUAUAAACUAUGUAACUAUUGCUACUGGUGAAAACUGACUAGAAUUUACUUCUGUGAAGGAUACCAUAAAGUUUAAAUUUCUUUAUUUUAUUUAGCACUCAGUGGCAGUUGUUCCAUUAAUAUUAUCAGUCUGAAUUGUCUAAGAAAUUAGAUAAUGCCAAUAUGAAUGCAUGAAUGGGAUAGCAUUAUUUUCAUAAUGGUUGACUAAAUACCUUGAAGGUAUUACAUGGCCAGGUAAUAAACAUUCCUUUGCUUAUAAAAAUAUAAAGUGCAAAAAUUUAUUUUACUUUUGAAACAUGGAGAGAAUCAACUCCCUUUACUAUGCACAAGUUAACGUUGCACAUUGGAGCAUUUGGCACAUACUAUGUUGAGGUCGGAGAGUUGCCUCCUGUGAUAGGCAUUUGUUUUUUCAACUAAUGUACUCGCAUGUGCGUGCCACGGAACCCCCCACCUGGUGAGGUAGAGCCUUGGCUGCAGAUGUGGGCGGCUCUGUUGUAACCAUAUUAACCCUGUGGUAGUGUUGGUUGAGUCAUGAUCAUACAUCAAAAGUGAAUAUCUGUUUUCAACCAGCUAAUACAGGGACUGGAACCCUUGCCGUUCACACCAGUUAGGCCCAGCAUGAGUGCCUAAGGGCCUGCCCAUUAUGCAAACGUAUUUUGAAUUAAGCGAAGCAAUAUUAUGUUUUGUCUAUUGCUGUUAUUGGAGAAAAUGGUUAUCUUGUGAAUUUUGACAAAAAUAAUCAUUUUGUACAUGGUAAGAGAUGAAAACUAGAUGCUGAAAUUAUUCACUAGAAAAUUAUGUGCUAUUUUUAGAGAGUCUCUAGUUUGUGUACUUUGUUAUAUAUCUGGAUGAUGUAGUCUUGUAUGAGAUAUAUGAAGUGGUAGGGAGUAACUUCAAAGUGUCGUGAUUAUAUUUAGUAUAGAAGGAACAAGGUAGGGACUAGACAGUAUAGUCAGUGCUAAACUGAUAUAUAUGCAACAUGUAGUUUGAAAUACUCAAAAAUAAAGAUCAGAUCAGA